AUGGCGACUCAGACAGAUAUCCCACCAGAUCUUACCAGCGACGGCAGGACCAGCUUGUUUCAAUCUCUCGAUGUUAAUCUGAACUCCGUAAUUCUCUAUGCGCUAUUGCAUGGCAUAUACACUGGCAUUCUUGUUACUACACUGUGGAAUAUCUCAUCCAAGCUGAAAUGGUCAUUAAUGCGCUCUGCAUUCAUCGACAACGGGCAAAGUUUUUGGACUGUGUUUUCGACCCUUGAAAGUGCCCAGGCAGCCUACUAUUGGGAGACAGGUAUCACAGCAUCUAUGAGUACCAUUCUCGCAGACUUAUAUGUGAUUUGGUGCUGCUGGAUGGUUUGGGGACAGCGCUGGCUUGUUGUUCUGCUUCCAAUAUUUUCCUUAGUUUCUGUGAUCGUAUCAAGAAUCACAGGGAUAUAUUACGAAUACGCCAAUGCACUCGCACUCAUGGACAUUUUCCUUAUGCUCUAUUUAUCCUUCAACCUGGCGACAACAUUAUCAUGUAACUUGUUCAUCAUUUACCGCAUAUUGACUAUUGCCGGAGUUAGACGAGGAGCAGAGGGUCAACUGAGAGUUUAUCAUCGUUUUAUUGAAGUGCUGGUUGAAUCCUCAGCCCUUUAUUCCCUAUCUCUGAUCCUAUAUUUGGCUUUCACUAUCCGUGGAAUCGCUCCGACACUCCUCGUAGGACGUAUCACGGUCGGACGUCGUGCCCGCCAAGAUGAUUCCUGGCAAGGAAGCGUGAUGGCAUCAGUUUCAAUUCGGUCACAGUCGCAAGAACACAGUCAGACGAGCUCUCAGGAAGAUAUACCGAUGAGUCUAGUUCCUAAUGGUGACCUCGAAGCCCAGCGCGAGAGCGAUGUAAGGGAACCCUCUCCUACAUUCUUUGCUGGACCUGAUGUGCCUGAGGCCUCGGAGCAUGUCCACUCGAUCACAGGGCAGCAUGGUGACCUUUCUUAA